AUGGCGGCCCCCGUGGUGACUAAACUGCUGAGGCGCCUUCCUAAUCUUUCGUCCUUCAGGAGUGCCUACGGAGUUCAGGUUCCCUUCCAAACUCUUAGCACUGAAGCCCCCCUUGAGGAAGAUUCUUUGCCCAUUUCCCCUUAUGAGAAUGAACCCUGGAAAUACCUGGACUCAGAAGAAUACCAGACCCGCUAUGGUUCUCGCCCCGUUUGGGCUGACUACCGACGCAACCACAAAGGCGGAGUACCCCCACAGAAGACUCGAAAGACCUGCAUUCGCAAAGAUAAAGUCGCUGGGAAUCCCUGCCCCAUCUGCCGGGAUCACAAGUUGCACGUCGACUUUAGGAACGUGAAGCUCUUGCAACAGUUUGUCUGUGCUCACACGGGCAUCAUCUUCCAUGCGCCAUACACAGGAGUCUGCAUGAAGCAGCACAAGAAGCUGACUCAGGCCAUCCAGAAAGCCAGGGACCACGGUCUCCUUAGUUACCACAUCCCCCAGGUUGAACCUCGGGACCUUGACUUCAGGAACUCGCACGGAGCUGUGAAUGCGACUCCCCCGGCCCCCACGCUGGUGUCAGGGGACCCCUGGUACCCCUGGUACAGCUGGAAGCAGCCGCCGGAGAGAGAGCUGGCCCGCCUCCGUCGACUGUACCAAGGCCAUCUCCGAGAAGAGAGUGGCCCCCCACCCGAGUCCAUGCCCGCCGCAGCAGCCGGAGCCGCCCCCGCCGCCCCCGAGCCGCUGUAG